AGAUCCGAUAUAAAAUGUUGAAUAAGAUGAUAAAUGUAAGAUUGAUAGAUGGAGAUGCUAAAAAAGGUGACCUUUUAACUAACCCAUUACAUUUCCUACAAGAUAGGGGAACCCAAAAGAAGGAGGGGCACUAACAUUAUCUUCCUUAUGGAAAUUUCUAAUGAAAGAAGUUAAAAUAAUGUUUUAAGCUAGCAAGAGUUAUCUGUCCUUAUGUCAAUGACGAUGGCUGCGACUUUGAGGAAGAAUUUGGGGAAAAUCCGUUUAUUUGGUCGUCUUUCACCGAUUGCUUCCAGAAUAUCGUCUUUAUAUACAAGACCAACACAACCAAUAUUGACAUUUGAAGAUCGUAUGAAAGAGAUUAAGAAAAAAGAUCCUGUAUUAAACCCCGAUAUAAAUAUCGGGUUACCUUUACCAAAGCGUUCAGCAACCUGCAAAAAUAAGAACCGAUUAAAGCAAUGGAAUAUUGAAAGAUUAAAGCUUGAACAAGAUUCACGACUGUUGAAAUUGGAAAUUGAUCCUGAGAAAGUAAAAGAAGAAUCAAUAAAAGAGCAAUGGCCAAAUAAUGUACAUAGGAUUACCAAACAUUAUGGUAUAUACCGUGAUCUUUUUGAUAAUGCUCAUUUCUACCCUCAACCAGUACUGAAUGUUUUUUAUGAUUAUGAUGAAGAAUUUACCACUAUAGUCUAUAAUGGAAACAAAAUUCUCCCUUCUGAAGCUUCUGUUGUGCCGUACAUUAAGCUGAAUUUACCAUCUGAGGAAAAAGAUUCUUCUUUCUGGUCAUUGAUAUUGACUUCUCCUGAUGAACAUCUCCAAGAUAACACUAUGGAAUAUUUACAUUGGUUUAUAGGUAAUAUUCCAAACGACCAAAUUGAAAAUGGUGAAGUUAUCUGUAAUUAUUUUCCCCCAUUUCCUCUCAAGGGCACAGGAUUUCAUAGAUAUGUGUUCCUUUUAUAUAAACAAAACAAAAAAUUAGAUUUCUCAUCAGAAUUGAGACCACCUAACUGUAAGUCCCUUGAAGAAAGAACAUUCAAAAAUCUUGAUUUCUACAAAAAAUUUGAAGAUGAUUUGACUCCUGUAAGCUUGCAGUUUUUUCAAAGUGAAUGGGAUAAAAGUGUUACUCAGGUUUUCCAUGAUAUACUUGAAAUGCCCGAACCAUCAUUUGAAUUUAUUUAUCCUGUCAGAUAUCAUCCAAAAGAGAAAAAAUGGCCACAUAAGAAACCUUUCAACAAGUAAGUGUUGUUGUGAUUUUACUGAUAAAUAACGAAAGCAAUAUAUUUUCUGU